GCGGCGGCAGGGCACGGCCAGAGCCCGCUCCGGUCGGACCCGCCGCUCGUCGCUCCGUGUGUCCCGGCACAGCCCAGCCAUGCCGCUGCCCCGCGUCCCCCUGCGCGCCGCGCUGCUGCUCGGCCUCCUCCUGCGAGCCGCCGCCGCCGAGUCGGUGAGAGAAACUGAAACCAUGGAUGCUGGAUGGCUUGACUACCCUGCCUCUGGGGACUUGCCAGACGAUGAAGACAUUGGUGAAUUCAGGCCUGACUUAACCACUGAUGGCUUAGAUAUAGAUGAGACAUCUGGGUCAGGAGACUACCCAGACUCUGAAGACGGCUUGUAUCUGACCACCAUGGACACCCCUGUGAUAUCUGACAACUAUAUCCCUGGAGAUACUGGGAGAAAGAUAGAAGGUGAGAAGAAAAACACAAUGGUGGACAAUGAAAUCAUUCCAGACAAAGCUGGACCUGUCGAAGAGAACCUGUCCAACAAGAUCUCCAUGGCAAGCACAGCCAACAGCAGCAUCUUUGAAAGAACAGAAGUCCUUACAGCUCUCAUCGCAGGAGGAGCAGUGGGUCUCCUGUUUGCCAUCUUCCUGAUCCUGCUCCUGGUCUAUCGCAUGAAGAAAAAGGACGAGGGCAGUUACGACCUGGGGAAGAAACCCAUCUACAAGAAAGCCCCCACAAACGAGUUCUAUGCCUAAAGCUCAGCAGCACCUUGUGCCCAUCAAGGGACAAGCAGACUGUACUGAAACACUGUGCCCUCAGAUGAGAUGUGCUGAACAAAUGCUUUUUUAUUUUUUGGAUUGAAUUUCAAAGUGACUUUGAGAAAAAACAAACUUCCUUCGUGACCCUUCCCAUCCCGCUCAGCUAACAAGGGCCCAAUGAAAUACAAAGAGUCUGAAAAAUAACCUCAGUGUAUUUUUUUUUCUAAGUUAGUGUAAAAAAGAAUAAAGAUGCCAAAUUUUCUGCUUGGUUUUAUAGAGGGUAUAUAAACACAAACCAGACUGUAUGGAAGCAAACACCAUGUGUUUGCAUCCAGCGUGCCGUGCUGGGAUUGGCUGCUUCUAUAGAAGAUGGCUUUUUUUUAUAAAUCUUGCUACUAGAUGUCUUGCAGCAGGCUGUUGAUGUGAAGCAUUUUUGUGGAGAACUAUUUAUGAAUCUCUUACACUACAGAUAAAGUUGCCUUAUCAGGGAGUAAAAGGCCCACAAGGGCUCAAUAUCCCUGAAUGCCAUAAAGGGCCUAUGGGAAUGUCUUCCCCAGGAGACUUCUGUCUCUUCCUGUUGGCCCCAGGCAAGGGUCAUUAGUCCUUGAAAUCAGGACUGCCAGUUGUGUUUGGCUAUGGCAACACCCUUUCCUUGCCUUCAGUCUCUUACCUUUUUUUAAGGGUUGCUUGUAGGAUUUUUUUAUAACAAAAUUUUAAAGAAAAUAGCCUAAUGUUUAUAUAAAGUUUGUAGAAAUUGUUUUGAAAUAAUAAAAAAAAUAAUCUAC